AUGCAACCUCUCUCUCAAACACACACACACACACUGUUGCACUUCCCACCUAUACCCAGCAGCAGCCUCCCUCAUUGUGCUCACAUGCACCUCUUUCAUCCACUUCCUGUUUGUGAGGCGCAGUGUGUGUCUGCGUGCGUGUGUGUGUGAAGUGCAGGAGCCUCCGAGCAGCGGGGAGAUCUACAACCAGAACUCUUGCUUCGCCCAGGAUGUGGCUUUGCCUGUUACACUCACGUGUGCGGUGAAUGAAUGGCUGUGGUACCGAGCCGGAGACACGUUGCCUCGGACUAUUCAGACACACACGGAGGACCUGGAUGCCGGACGCUUAACCGCAGGGUCUGAUGGGCACCGUCACCCGCAGCACUGAUGGGAAUGCAGGGCUGUGGCCGUGUUGAGAGACCCCCGCCCCACCUCUGUGUUACCACAACUUCUGUUUUUUGCACAAGCUCUAAAUGAUUCAUGCUUUUAAUAAACGCUGAGGAAGUACACACGCAGAAGCACGUGUCAGUCUGCUGGACGCUGUCUUACUUUAAAAUUCUACAUCUGCAAAUGGGAACAAUUCCAUGAGCCGAGUUCUCUGUGGAAGGGAGACAUCUGUGUCCGAUGUAACCAGAUGCAAGGAAUGAACCGGUUUCCGAUUGACAGGCAGACAGGAGUCUCUGAGGACUCCACCCCGUUGAAACUCAGCUGAGCCAACGCUUGAGCUCAGCAUGACAUCUUAAUACAACAACCAACCGCUUGAACAUUUUCGCUCGAAAAGGUGUCUCGCAUAAAGAUCUGAGAUUAGGGUCCUUUCACUUUACGAGUAUAAGUCAAUUUGAGUUCACAUCAGAUUGUUCAAUUUCCGCCAGUGUGGCUUUGCAGGAUUUGAAGUCAAGACCUCAAAUGCUUUGUUUUUUUUCGUGAUUCAGACUCAACUCCGAGCCUCAAGUUGCAGGUGUGUAUGAGAUGGAUAAACUUCACCUCUACAGCCAUGACAUAAAUACUGCCCAAUGUUCAAUGCACACCCUUUCUCUCUUGGUGGUGGUCUACUACUCUUAUUAAAAACCAUUACCAUCCUUUUUGACCAAAUAAACAGCGCGAGCCUUAAAUACGCCUCCUCCGCUGCCAGAUGACGACAGCGGUACGGAUCCUCUAUUCUUCUUAGAAAUUGUGAAAAAUUGCACAACCUCAAUCUUCUUUUCCUGUUUAGAAAUAGCAACUGCUGUAGCAGGUGAACACGCAUUGAACAGAGUCGGCCUGCUGUUUAUACCCGCGACGCAGUCGCAGGACUUUGAGGUCAACACCACCGUGCAUGCGUGUGAAGAACCUGAGCGGAGAAGAUGCAGCACACCUCAUGCACGGAGGACAGGAUCCAGCACGCUCUGGACCGCUGUCUGGACGGGCUGAGACAAAGCCCCACAGCAGCACAGCACUGGAACGUGCUGAUGUGCUCGACGGGUCAGUCAAUGAACCGCUGGAGCCUGGAGGAGCUGGUGAAGAGGGACCCGGACAACUCCCUCAUCCUCUUACAACAGAUCAUAAGGAAGACCAAAGAGGUGCAGGAGCAGUGUCAGUACGAGCUGGUGGCUCCGCUCGCUAUCAUGUUCACCUCCACGUUGCUUCAGACACCAUACUGUCCUCCAGAUGCAGAGCUGCUGGAGGAAGCUGUUGAGGUGUUUCGCUGCUUCCUCACAUGGCCCGAGCCGUACUGCAGUGUGUGUAAACACCUCCUCAGCACACUACAGCUGGAGAUGAAGGCCCCAGGGCUUUCCUUUCAGAGACUUGUGAGAGAAGAGCAGUUCCUUAACACCUCCGGCCACAGCUCCAAGACCAUGACGGUGCUGCUGAUGAACCCGUGCGAGGUGCCCGCUGACUUCCUCUCCGUGGCUGAGCAGCUCAGUCGGAUUCAGCACUCGCAGAGAGAGACCUUCAUCAAACUGAUCAAGCACGCCUUCCAGUCCACACUGGGCACCAAAUACCCGCUACAGAGCAUCCACAGAGCCCUGCAGGCAAAAACUGUGACUGAUUUGGGGUCCAUCUUCUCGGCGGUGAGUGAUGUGUUGGAGACGGCGGCGGCCAUGAGUGACCCUCUGAAGGGCCGCAGUCACGUGGUCCAGGGACUCGAGCAGCUGAGGGAGACGAUGAGAAUACCUGCAUCCAAUGGAAGGAAGUCUGGAAUGCUACAGACUCUACCUUUGCCCACAGCCAAGUGCUACAUGUUUCACUGGGAAACAGAUAACUUUGAUGUUCUGAACACCCUUUUGGAACACGAGCCUGAGGACCCGGUCAUGAACGGGCAAGCUGAGGAGGAGGAGGAGGAGGAGGAGGAUGACAUGGAGGAGGACGAGGAGACCGGGGUCGAUGUCGAAGAAGAGGAGGACGACAAAAACAAAUACGAAGAACGUGGAGUGGAUUUGCCUUCAAUGUCCAUCAUCCCCAAUGACUUCAUGGCCAACCACCGCGCCUCCACCUUCUCCACCAUUUCCUCCCUGUCCACCGCCUCCAAAGACUCCAUGUUCUCCACCUUGUCCGUGGCCUCAGGGUCCUACGCUCCGUCCCUCUUCUCCGUGGCCUCGUGCGGCGACAGCGACUACUUUGACGACUCCGACGACUACAUCUGCUCCUCGCCCGUCGCCGAAAAGUGCUCGCCAAAGUCCAUCAACAAAGCCUCGGCCCGGCUCAGCCAGCACUUGUACCGACUCUUCAUCAAGUCCCCUCGCUCGCUAUCCCGGGCCAUGAGCCUGGGAAACGCCGAGUCUAAAGACCUUUUAGUGGUGCGGGAGAAGCGCUCCAACUCUCUUCCGCAGCAGGUGAUGCUGCGCUCUCCCGAGCCCUUCCUCCAGCCACAAAGCCAGACUCUCAGGCACGUCUGCUUCCGGAGGAGGCCCAUUCUCAGCAGCGACGAGGACGCUCAGAACACCACCCUGCGGGUGGUGGUGUUCGGUGCCGAUCGCGUGGCCGGGAAGGUGGCCCGGGCCUACGACAGCCUGAGGAGGAAGGAGAGCGCGUGUCCGCGUCUCAGCAGGGCCUUCAAGCUGCAGUUCUACUUCGUGCCCGUGAAGAGGGACUCGGCGGCGGGGAGCCGGAGGUCUUCCGGCCCCGUGCUUCAAACCGCAUCGCAGAAAGGAGCGGCCCUGUCUAAUGAUCUUCUCCUCAAGGGCGUAGCGGACAGCACAAACGACAUUGCCCAUCUCCUCGGUAUGUUGGACCCCUGGUACGAAAGAAACACCCUUACCCUGCUUAACUUGCCGGCCAACGUCGUCUGCCAGCAAACAUCAAAGACGGAGUCGGAGUCAUACGACGGUUCCAACGAGCAGCGUCUGCCCAUCCUGGCCGACUUGGUCCUGUACUACUGCCGCUAUGCCGCCCGGCCGGCUCUGAUCCAGCUCUAUCAGGCCGAGCUGACGCUGGCUUGUGGUGAGAGGAGGACGGAGGUGUUCGUCCACUCCCUGGAGUUGGGUCACACGGCGGGAACUCGCGCCGUAAAGGCCAUGGGUGCUGCCAGUAAGCGCUUUGGUAUCGACGGUGACCGAGAAGCAGUGCCCUUGAUGUUGGAGUUGUUGUACAACAGGGCGGUGAUCAGUGGGAGAAGCCAGUGGAGGAGAGAGACCAAAGUCUGCACGUCAGUGAGCUUAACCAAAGCCUGCAAGAAUCCCGAAGCGCUAGACUCGAAGAUGGAGUGCCUGCAGCUCACCAUGAUGGAGGUGCUGAAGAGACAGAACUGCAAAAGCAAGAAAGGCUACAACCAGCAGCUGAGCGUGUCGGAGGUGAAGGUGGACAAGGUGCAGGUUAGCGGUGCUGGAAACACGACCUUUGCUGUGUGUCUGGACCAAGAUGAGAAAAAAAUACUGCAGCGUGUCACCAGAUGUGACAUAUCGGUCUGCUACAAGCCUGACGGCUGCGCCGACUGGAGGCUGAGAAAGGCCCCCAGCUCGGCCCAAAUCCAGCCGCUCAACCCCACCUUCUGCUCCCUCCUCUGCCUGCCCAUAGUCACUUUUAGUGGGGCUCUUCCCUGAAAUUGCCCACUGCUGGAUGGAAUACCAGAUGGUUCGAAAGGAAAUGUUCUGAUGCUGACUGAUGCUGUAGUGCAUCAGUCAGUGUCAGUCUGUAGCCUGUCGCGGUCAACGCAAAUACAAACCAAAGAGCCACAGAGAAAUAGGAUGACGCAGAGGACAGCUUUCGCUGUGCAAAGAAAUCAUUAACUGUUGUUAGGGAAACUGUUGAUUACAUUCUAUGAGUCUCGCUUCCUGUUUUCUUGGUGGUGGAGAAAUGACUACACAUGCCCCGCAGUAACAUCAGAAUUUAAUUUGGUCAAAGAGGGCGGGCCUACCGGGAGAUGUCAUGUUGAACAGGACACAUCGUCGUUGGUGAUUCUGGGCUCGCCGACAUGGACACGGAGGACCGGGGCAAUAAUACAUCUGCUGAUCAGACUGGACUAUAUGAUGGCUCCAUUGGGGGCUAUUCCCUGUGUGACUGUAUCUGAGAAUGGACACUAUGGACUUACACGAUAUGUGAAUAAUAUGUUUGUAAAAUAAUAUAUUGCAUGCUUUAUGUCUGGCAUAAAAGGGAAUGUAUUGAUAACAUUUCUCCUGAGGAGUAACUGUUAACUGUUAACUGGAGUUUUAAAUGUGACCAGCAGGGGGAUGUCUUGACACUCCAAAAACGUUCAGUUGAAGUACAGAUUACUUUAAUAAACUUUAAUAAAUAGGUCUCACUGUAAUAACUGUAAUAAAUGUAAUUUAUGUAUAAACAAUAUUUUCUC